GCGGAGUGAUUUGAAGCGGACUACACCCAAGCGCCAGUCUGAUUGCAGCGGCUUCUCUUCGUUGCCUUGGCCAAAAGAAAGCCGGGACGUGGAUCAGCCGGGUUUUUCUGCUUGCAGGAGGCGCGCUGUUUACCGAUUGAUACAGAUUCCUCGCAGUUUUUCGUCGUCCGACAGACGAUCUUGAUUGAUCUUACUUUACCCAGCGUACUUCACUCUAGAACUAAUACAUAAACAUGUCCUGGCAAAGCUACGUGGACAACCUGAUGGCGGAUGGCAGCUGCCAGGACGCGGCCAUUGUUGGGUAUACGGAUGCCAAAUACGUCUGGGCAUCUUUCCCAGGCGGAAUUUUUGCCAGCAUAACGCCUGCUGAAAUCGACCUACUAAUGGGAAAGGACAGGGAUACGUUGUUCACCAAGGGGAUGACUUUAGGCAAUAAAAAAUGCUCGGUUAUCAGAGACAGCCUCACCACUGAUGGAGACUGGACAAUGGACGUUCGGACAAAGAGUCAAGGAGGGGAGCCGACAUACAAUGUUUCUAUAGGCAAAGCAGGAAAAGUCUUGGUCUUGGUAAUGGGCAAAGAAGGGGUCCAUGGAGUAUUGGUUAUUGUCAUGGGGAAAGAUGGUGUCCACGGAGGGACGCUGAACAAGAAAGCAUUUACAAUGGCCGAAUACCUGAAGAAGGCCGGAUACUAAGGAAGCCUGUUCCCAGCUACCUAGCAACCCACCCAUGCCACCCUUCUGCAUUUCAGACUCCUUCCAGUCUGUAGUUUCUGCCUUCUCCCUCCCCUUUUGUUUCUACACCCCACCAUUUUUUUAUUUUUUUUGUCAUUUUCCUAAAACCCUCCUGUCCCCGAGCAUAUUUGCGCUGUGUAUUCUUAAACCCCUUCAAGCACUCGAACGUCGAUCCUUGGCAGAUACGAGCGUGUUGCUAAACAGGAUGUCAUGACGGAUCGGAACAUAACCGUGACCAGCAACAAUUCUGGCAAACCUCGUGCAAUGGAAGGUAUAGCGUGGAUUUGAAGUAGAGUACUCUAGUUUUCUGUUAUGGUACCCAUCACUCUAUAUGCUCCUAGUCCCGAUUAAACACUCCCGCCCUGAGCAGCCUAGGCCUACGAGCUCUUGAGCAGUACCUGAGCUCGCCACGUCUUCCUUUAGACUGGUGCAUAUCUCGGACCACUACUCCUCACCCUCCAGUGUAGUUCAGCCAUCACCACCCUGCUGCUGUUUUUUUUUUUUUUUAGCAUCGGCUACAUCCAGAUGCUAGCAUAUGCUUCUCCCCAGCAUCACAGCCUCCAGGACUACACGGACAUUCCACAGUAACAGCUCAGGCACUUACUAUUUAGUUUGCCAGCUCCUGUGAUAUAUCAAAUUUUUUUAUUUUUUGAAAGGCUGCAACUUUUUUUUUCUUCUUCCCAAUAAUUUUUGACCGUAUAUAACCACCUGGAGUGUGUCCAGUUUUUUUUUUUCCUUAUAGGACCAAGUGUAGUCACAGCUUGGGUGUUUAUACAAUUGCUAAAAGAUGUAAAGGAGGACUUUUUUUUUUUUUUUCUCUCUCU